AUGGCGGAACGCAUGGACGAAGACGACGAGGGUAGCGGGCAGGAGGAGGGCGUGUGGAGCAGCAGCAGCAGCAGCGGCGACGACGGCGGGGACAAAGAUCCGGCGGGGGACGCCGCGGAAGGCUCAUCCGCCGGUGACCACGAGCUGGAGGAGGAGGAAGAGGAUGGCGUGCAAGGCAGCAGCGAGGAGGAAGAGGAGGAGGAGGAGGAAGAUAGCUCGGACGGAGACGACAGCUCCGACGGGGAUCUGCCUCCGGCGCAGAUUUUGAGGCUACCCUCCGAGGACGUGAUGGAGGAAGGCGGGCAGGGAGAAGCUGGCAAUGGAGAGGGCGAGGAGGAAGAAGAAGAGGAAGAGGAGGAAGAUGAGGAGGAGGAAGAGGAGGAGGAGGAGGAGGAGGAGGAGCGAGACAACGGUGACCACAGAGACGAGUCAUCGCCUACGGCGCUGCCGUCGUCUCAGCGGCAAGCCGGCGGCGGUUCAGGAAGCAGCGGUGGCGCCGCCGCCGCCGCAGGGCAACCCCCGCCUGCUUACAACCCCGGCGACGCGGCGGAACGAAAUGCAAGCCUCGGCGGCAGCAAUGGCGGCGGCGGCGGCGGUGGUGGUGUAGCCACCACCUCGCGCAUAGCAGCAACGCCUCCUGCGGGGGGUUCCGGGCCCGGGCAGACGGCGCGCCCGGGUGUGUCUUCUUCCUCUUCCGCUGGGCGGAGGGCGGAAAGCCCGGUCCCGCCGCCCCGAGCCUUCUCGGCGUUCGACAUGAUGCCGUCCCUCGCUUCCGAAGACGAGAGCCUGGACGACGACGACGGAAACGCUGCGAGCAGCAGCGACGGGGGCGGAGCAGCAGGAGGGGACAACGACAGCAUUGUCUCCGACUCCGUUAGGUCAGUCGGGUCCCGGUCAGCGGGCGGCGGGGGAGGGUCCAGCAACCUCAACGGCCGGGUCUUGGGUGGGUUUGGCAUUGGCAUUGGCGGCGGCGGCGGCGGCGGCGGCGGCCGUUCGUCCCCGUCCCGAUUGGGCGGCACCGGCGGCAAAGCGGGCAUGCGUACGAGUUCUACGCCGCCGCCGAACCGGGCAGGCGGCGGGGGGAUGCGGGGAGCCUGGGAUUUCCUCCCCUGGGGUGUGGGAGGGAACUCCAGCGGCCAGUCUCCGCUGUCCUCCAGCCAGCAGCAGUUCGGCGGCGGGGAUGCGACGUCGAGCGUCGGCGUCGGAGCCAGCGACAUGGACGACGACGACGGCUUGGCGGCGGGGGGGGGGGAGGCCUGGGACCGGCGAGGGGACCGUGCCUCGAGGGAGAAGGCGCACCGGCGGGCGCGGGCGGAGCUCAAGAGGUUCGCGGCGUCGAGGAAGUUUCCGACGAACGUCGGGGUGGUGCAGGUCCACUCGCUCGGGAAGGUCAAGCCCGAGCCGGGCUUCUAUGCCCUGGGGAGGCUCGCGCCGGUGGGCUUCCGGGCGUCGCGAACCGAGCGGUCCCCCGACGACGAGUCCCUGGUGCACUGCGUGAUGGAAGUGGUCGAGGUUCCGGACCCCGAGGAGGCGGGGACGGCGGACGGAGGUAGUGCCGACGCCCCCGCCGCGACAGGCGACAGCGGCGCGGGCUCCGCCGCGGCAAGCGGCGGAGCCCCCGAUAACGGCGCCGGGGAUGAUGCUGGCCGGCCCCCGCCGGAGGCGGGAGGGGAGGCAGGGGACGGCGGCGGGACUGCGAAGACGGUCGCCGUCUUCCGAGUCACGUUGUCCGGCCUGAAGGGGAAGCGGGGAACGUUCCAGGAUGUUUCCGCGGGGAAGGCUUGGCGCGCCGCGCUCCAGAGCAUCGGAGCAGAGGUGGCCCCGACCGGCCAGGAAGACUACUUCCCUUCGUGGGAAGGCGACGGAGAGGACGGUCUGGUCGACACCGGCGAUCCGGUUACCGACGACAACAGCAACGACAAUGACGGUGGAGACAAGGACGGGGAGGAGCAGCAGCAAGCGGAGAAGCAGAGCCCGGGGGCGGCGGCGGCGGUGGCUCCUCCAGCGGUCCACGCCGGAGAUGGUGAUGUCGUCGGCAGCAACGGGGCGGAGCACAAGGCGGAAGAGGCGACCGUGAAGAAAGGCGAGGCGGAGGGGGACGGCAGCGGGGGGGGCGUUUCUGUCCUGGCGGAGACCGGGGCGGGACAAGGGGGCUCCGCCGGAUCCGCUGCCAUGGUGGUGUCGACGGAGAGGACCAGCGACGACGACGGGAACACGACUCGAGAGGCUUCCGACGACGAGGAGAACGAGCUACGGCGAGAGACGGCCAAGCUGCUGCACGCCAGGGCUGGCGCAAGGGCGCGGGUGGACGCCAACAGCGCCACCAUCUUCGACAUCACCGGCGAGGUCCUUCCGCCAGCGAGAGCGCCUAAGGUCAAGCCUGAGCCCGCCGCCUCUUCGUCUCUGCAGCAGCAGCAGUCGGGGGGGCGGGGGGCCGGCGGCGGCGGCGGCGGCGGCAACGACGGCGCUGCUGCGAUGAGCCAGGCCAACGGUCGUUCCAACGGGGCCGGAGGCGGGAAGGGGGGGGGCUCAGCGGGCAAGGGAGGGGAACGUGGGGGGGGUCCAGAGGUUGGGAGUUCCAAGGAUGGCAGCCUGUGGUACGCGGGGUUCUUUCCCCCUUCGGUAUGCCGGCUCCUGGAAGGCCUUCCUCUCGUGGAUGAGUGCAAGGGCUACGUCUUCGAAGCGCACCGUGCGGAGAAGACGUUCAAGAGGAUCACCAAGGUGAACGAGCGCACGAAGGGGCCGAGCAACGUCACAGAAAGAUCCACCGCAAAGCUCGCAGCCACCGGGUUCAGGGCCGUACCCGACGGGAGGACGAUGAUCGAACAGCUGUCAGAAUGAUGCCUAAACACGAUUGAGACGAGGAACUACGAAGAGGGGGGGGGCGUACCUUUAUGUUUUGCAUGCCUUAGUGGUUAGACCAUUGACCACGCGUCCUCGAGAGGACGGAGCAUUGUUCCCACAGGACCGAUCACCGAUGGCCAAUCGUUCCUUCCUACUUUGCCAAAGUUGGCUUAAAAAUGUCUCCCCUAGUCUAACUAUCCUAACGAUAUCACUUCCCGCCUUUUCAAACCACUUGCUACUCCCCAGUACGGCUACCGUCCUCUCCUCUCUAUUCCAUGCCUCAAACAUCUCCCUGUACCUCCCUCUCGUAUUUUUCCCAGCUCAGUCAUGUACACUUCCCUCUCCUCUUCGUACAACUGACAUUUCGCGACUACAUCAACACGGUCUUCGCAUUCGAAGCCGCAAUCACAUUUGAACUUGUCGUCUUCGUCGUCUGCCGUCUUAUGUCUUCGUCGACGUUCUCGAAGGCCUGUGUCUUCGGUCCUGAAUUUGACCUUAAGCUUUGUCCCAGCAUCCAUUG